GGAACUGACUGUCACCACAGCGAGGAGAAGGUCGUCGCAAAUAUGGGAGUCAAGACAGAGGUGUUCCGGAUGAUGCUGUAUCUGUCCUUUCCCGUGGCUAUGUUCUGGAUCUCCAAUCAGGCAGAGUACUUUGAAGAGUAUGUGGUGAAGAGGAAGAGGGAGAUCUACCCACCGGAUGAAAAGAUGCAUAGGAAGGAGCUGGAGGAGUUUAAGGAGCGCAUGCGAGACCGCAAGGAGCAGCGGCUGCUGAAACAGAUGGCUGUGCAGUCAGAGGAGUGAGGAGGAGGAGGAGGAGGAGGAGGAGCAGGACAGCGCAUCCCAACCCCCCAUCAGAAGCCUGUGACUUGCUGCUGUCCCUGGCUGUGGCGUGCAGAGGUGUCUGUGUGGGUGAUACGCAGACUUCUCGGGCCUUGCAGUGCAGCUGUGCUGCGGUUCUGCCACACCCACACAAAUGCAACAGCGGCCUUACAUAUGCAUAUCACAAUAAGAUGUUCAUUUGAU